UGUAGAUGCAAUUCAAACAUCAACGAAGAAAAGACCCCCUUACUCCCCUCCCUAGCAGCUUUAUUAUUAACCUCCACACGGGGUCAUUUAGGUUAUUUUUUAAAAUUCAUUUAACAAAUCCCUUUAUGAAAAUGUCUCCGCUGCUGCUCAGGGCCUUCGUGAACGAGCGGCUCACGGCGGUGCUCGGAGAAAUCCUGGAGGUUUUCGAAGGAGCGAUCGCCAAAUACGAAGAAGAAGCGUCCAACUCCAAGCAGGAAAUCGAUCGGCUACAAGCUUUGCUGCUGGAGCUGCAGAGCCAGAGGACAGACCUUCCUCAGACCAAAGACCAAACGCCUUGUGAGUCCCAGCUCCGUGAGGGAACCCAGUGGAUCCCGGAGCUUCACCACAUUAAAGAGGAAGACCGCGACGAGCUCUGGGCUGCUGAUCAGGAGGAGCAACACCAGCCAGGCGUCGAUGAAGACGCCUUAAAUCUUCCUCAAGCUUCUGUCGGGGAGGAGCUUGAGCAGGAAGAUGCAAAACCACCCGGGCAUCGUUGGACUCGAAACUCCGAACCCGACGAGUUUCAGGAGCCCCAGGAAGUGAAGCCGGCAGAGGUCAAACCUCAUCCACAAGACGACGCUGCGGCCGUUUUUCCACCUGACCUAACAGAACAGGGCCAGUCUAGCUUCGUCUCGCCUAGAGACUCGGAUUCAUCCCACCUGAACUCACCCGGAGCCGACUACCGGUGCUCUCUGUGCGGCAACUCCUUCCCCUCCAGCCACCUCCUGAUGAACCACGCCUACCAAGCCCACUCCAGGGACGUCGGCGUCCUGUGCGCCGUGUGCGGCGGGACCUUCGAGUCCGCCGAGAGCCUCGACGUGCACCGCAGGUCCCACGAGAACUCCAAGUGCUGCCCCCUGUGCGGAAAGCUGUUCAGGAGCACGACCUCGCUGAAGGAGCACAUGGCGGGCCACGCGGGGCUGAAGCUGCACCGCUGCCACGUCUGCGGCAAAGAGUGCCGGCGCAAGGGGGACCUGAAGAUCCACAUGAGGAUCCACACGGGCGAGAAGCCCUUCCGCUGCUCGCUGUGCUGCAAGAGCUUCACCCACAGCGGCCACCUGAAGAAGCACAUGAGGAGCCACACGGGAGAGAGACCGUACAGGUGUGACGUCUGUGGGAGGGGCUUCCUGCAGAGCGGCCACCUCAAAUCCCACCUGGGCACCCACGCUCAGAAAAAGUGAAGGGGCGUGUUUUAUGAAGACUGUAUUGAAGGAGCAACUUGGUGACAAUUUAAGUUUAAGUUUUUGUUUUAUUAUUGUUUUUUUUACAGUCAUAAAGAUAUUUAUAUUUGCUGAUUUUAUAUAUAUUUAUAUAUAUAUAAAAUUAGCAAUGUAUUUAAUUAAUCUUAAUUAUUUCAGUUCAGAUACAAAGUUUGUGAAAUUCCUUUUAUGUCAUCAGAAUAGCUAGUUACAUUUAAUAAUAAGCCCGGAUAUGAAAAGUCCUUAGCAAAACAAAGAGACCUUAUUUUUUAUUCUUAUUUAAAGAGUGUUGUUUAUUUAAGGGUCCCUGUUAGUAUUUAUCAUAGUGGAGUCUAUUCUUCACACUACACACAUGACAAUAAAAUCAUACUUUUACAAACAUUACAAAAAAAGGCAUAAUGAAAUUCUUUGAGAUACAAACAAAAUCAAAGUACAAAAUUCAAAUCAACCGUCUCAACCAUUGUUACAUUUUACAAACAUUACAAAAGGACCAAUAAAACCCACAAACAAAAUGAAAAUACAAAAUAUGAGUACCGGUAAUUUGAAAGAUAUUUUAUAGACAAACAAUAAUCUUCCCUUCUAGUGUUUUCUGUGUUUAUUAUUAAAAAAAAACACUAAAUGUGCACACAUCCAUGCUGGUAGGAGAAAACGAGAGCGAGGAUUUGGACAAUCAGAGCGAUCUCAGCGAUGAACUAAUCUCUUUAUUUGAACUCAUAAUCACAGAAGGCCGGGUUGGUUUGAAUACAUAUUUUCCCUCUAAUAAAUACAAAUCAUUUUUCACGGCGCCGUGGUGAUUGGCAAACUUUCCCAAUUACCACAGUAACACUUUGUCGUGCAAGUUAAGGUUUGUUGUAUUUGGCAACUUUAACAUUCAUCAGUUUUAUUUUGGGUUUCCUGUGUUAUCUUUUUACUUCUGUUAUGUCCUGUUAUUUUCUGGUACGAUUUUGAGGAAUACCAAAAAUAAACAGUUUUUAAUUGUC